UCACAUUUUCGACUCUACGCAGAGUGGACUCCUCUCUCCCCCUCUCUACCCUAAAACACACUCACCCACUUCCUCCUCCUCCUUCUCUUCCAUAAACCUCCCCUCUCUCUCUCUCUCCAUCACAGCUCUUGCAGACACCAACUCCUCCCAAAUCUCCCCUUCUUGAUCACUUUUUAAGUUUUGUCCGAACGCUCUGAAAACUUUCUGAGACCCCCAAGUAAAACGAUAAACAAAGAAGAUGGCUGAGAAUCUCACUUGUGGAGAAACCAGCGAUUCAUGGAUCACUGACAACGACGACGAUGAAACCAUCAUCCGUGGCGGCGCGUUUACGAACGAUAACCAUCAACUUUUUAGUAAAGACGAUAACUUUAACGGCGACGGAUCAAUUCCGAUGAUGGGUUCUCCGUCGUUGGCGGGAGAAGAGAGAAUCAAAGAGAUGUUGGAGAGAGAGAUUGAGUUUUCGCCAGGAGAUGAUUAUCUCAAGAGGUUGCGUUGUUCUGGGGAUUGGGAGUUGCGUCUUAGAAACCAAGCUCUCGAUUGGAUUUUAAAGGCUUGUGCUCAUUACAAUUUUGGAACACUUUGCAUAUGUCUAUCCAUGAACUACUUGGAUCGGUUCUUAGCAUCCUAUGACUUGCCAAAAGACAAGACUUGGGCUGUUCAGUUGCUUGCUGUCUCUUGCUUAUCAUUAGCAGCCAAAAUGGAAGAAUCAGAUGUGCCUCAAACUGUUGAUUUACAGGUGGGAGAUCCCAAGUUUGUUUUUGAGGCCAAAACGAUUAAAAGGAUGGAACUUUUGGUACUCAACACUUUGAAUUGGAGAUUGCAAGCUCUCACUCCUUUCUCCUUCAUUGAUUAUUUCAUUUACAAAACCAAUGGUCACGUGUCAGAGAAUUUGAUCUAUAGAUCAUCACAGUUCAUCUUGAACACCACUAAAGCAAUUGAAUUCAUGGACUUCAGGCCUUCUGAGAUAGCAGCAGCAGCUGCAAUGUCUGUUUCAUUUUCAGGAGAAAUAAAUUGCAUUGAUGACGACAAAACGUUGUCUAAUCUCACAUAUGUAAAACAGGAAAGGGUGAAGGGAUGUUUGAGUCUGAUGAGGAGCCUCAUAGGGGACAAUGUGCCAGGAGCUGCUAAAUUAUCUCCGCGGCAACUGAGGUUAACGGCAAGAGUGGUGCCAGUGAGUCCAGUUGGAGUGUUGGAAGCAACUUGUUUGAGCUAUAAGAGUGAUGAGAGAACAGUUGAGUCAUGUACCAAUUCCUCACAGAGUAGUCCAGACACCAACAACAAUAAUAGCAACAAGAGGCGGAGAAAACAAUGAGGGAGAGAAAUAAAGUUAUACAAUUGCUUUUCAACACUCAAACCAUAAGGGUCAUGACAUUUUGAGGUUCUUUUCAUUUUUGAGUUUAUUCCUUUUUUCUUUCUUUAAUUUCUCAUCUUCAAUCAGAAAAAUGGAUUUGGAGAUAAGAGUUUUGUGAGAAAGAGAAAAGAAAAAUAAAGAGUGAUCUUUAAGGCGGCAAUCAAUAAGUCAUCACUCAGGAUGAUGAGGUUCAUGUUCUUGCUCUAAGGGAUAUUUUUUUGCUACAUUAAGAUAAAACAUAUAUAAAAAUAAGAAAGAUAAAGAGAAUCUAUUUUUUUUAGAUUUUGUUUCUUUUGGUAUUCAAAGGUGGCCCUGAAUUUAGAUAUGCC